UAAGUGUUAUUGCUAUUGCUAAAGGGUGGCUGGGCCUGUGGACCUCCUCAGGAUAGUAGGAAGCCAAAAGGCCAUAGAUGGGGGUGGGGAGAUAGAUGAGUGGGGAAUUGCUGUGUUCCUGUAGUUGCUUGUGUUCCUGCAGGCUGUCACUUGAAUUUUGAUCACGUGACUGCAGGGACACUGCAAUGGCUGUAACAUUGACAUAAGUUCAUUUGUUCAGUGCAUCGUAGCUUCAAAUGGCUGCUGAAUGAAUGGUUGUAAGUCAAAGAUUACCUGUACAUGUCUUCACUCAUAUGUACAAUUACUUGGCCAUCAGCAGUAUGAAACAUAAUAGGGAAAUGAUUUUAACAAAACAGAUAUAAAAUUGCAUUUUAAACUAGUUACUGGCUGUAACAGGAAAGGGCAUCCUUCCUGGUUUUGAUGCCUGCCAGAUGCACCAAAGAAACCAACACUACAAAAAAAAACUUUGAAUAUUACAGUAUAGAGCAAUAUGAAACAUACUUGCAAAUAAACCAUGCAGUAUAUACCAAAAAGGAAAAAUGAAGUUUUGGGGUGGCUUUCAACAGUUUCCAGAUUUGAACAUUAUUGAAUAUUCGAGGGAAAGUUUCAGGCAGGCAGCACAUAUAAAGAGACAUAAAAAUAUUUUUCAGCUAGAUGAGUUCUGCAAGGAAGAAUGGUGAAAACAUUCACCAAGCCAGAACAGACAGACUCUUAGCUGGCUAUGGAAAUGAGAUGUCACAGAUUGAAGUCUUGGGGACCAGUUCUACAAAGAAGCCAUAGAGCACUGCCGCAGUUACAAUUCCCGUCUCUGUGCUGAGCGUAGUGUUCGUCUUCCAUUCCUGGACUCGCAGACUGGUGUUGCUCAGAAUAACUGUUACAUAUGGAUGGAAAAGAGACAUCGAGGACCAGGACUAGCUCCAGGGCAGCUCUAUACAUAUCCUGCUCGAUGCUGGCGCAAGAAGAGACGUUUGCAUCCCCCUGAGGACUCCAGGCUGAAGUUGCUGGAGAUUAAACCUGAAGUUGAUCUGCCUCUGAAGAAGGAUGGCUUCACAUCAGAAGGGACCACACUGGAAGCCUUGUUGCGUGGAGAAGGGCUUGAGAAAAAGAUAGAUACUAAAGAGGAGGAUACUCUACAAGAAAUCCAGCGGGUUUUGGAAAACGAUGAGAAUGCAGAUGAAGUGAACGAAGAGGAAGAGAUAGAAGAAGAUAUUCCAAAACGAAAAAACAGAGCCCGAGGACGGGCCCGAGGCUCUGGUGGUGGUAGGCGAAGGAAUGAUGUUUCUUCUAUGGAUGACCAUGAUAAACCUUAUGUUUGCGACAUCUGUGGCAAGCGCUAUAAGAAUCGACCAGGACUGAGCUAUCACUAUGCUCACACUCAUCUUGCUAGCGAGGAAGGGGAUGAUGCUCAGGAACAGGAGACAUGUUCACCACCUGUCCACAGAAAUGAAAAUCAUAAACCCCAAAAAGGACCAGAUGGGGCCAUCAUUUCCAAUAACUACUGUGAUUUCUGCCUUGGAGGAUCUAAUAUGAAUAAAAAAAGUGGACGACCAGAGGAGCUUGUUUCAUGUUCGGACUGUGGGCGUUCUGGUCACCCAACGUGCCUGCAGUUCACAGCAAAUAUGACUGAGGCUGUCAAAACCUAUCAGUGGCAAUGCAUCGAAUGCAAAUCCUGUAGCCUCUGUGGGACUUCUGAGAAUGACGACCAGUUGCUCUUCUGUGAUGACUGUGACCGUGGUUACCAUAUGUAUUGCUUAAACCCACCAGUCUCUGAACCCCCAGAAGGAAGCUGGAGUUGUCAUUUGUGUCAAGAACUACUCCAAGAGAGAGCAUCAGCUUUCUGCUACCAGCCCUAGAUGGGAAUAAAGGAUUGGGCUUAUUCUUGAAUCUGUAGCACCAGCACAUCAUGAUUAUCCAUCACAUAGGUUAUGUGUAACCAUAAACACACUCUUGCCCUCAUGAAAGGAUGAACACUCACAGAAGCAUCCACAGUAUUUGCUUCUCCAGGGUUACAUUUCACCAAGAAUUGACCUCCUGGGUUCUACUAGAAGGAGCAGAUCUUUGAGGCAAGGGGGAGGAUUCUGUGUUCCAAAUGGAUCAUUUUCCCCUGCAGUGCAUGAUGGCAGGUCUGUUGUAAUAGAUUCAUAUGUGUUAUGAUUAUAGCAUAAAGGGGAGCUGUUGUAACUGUUGGUAUUUAGGCAUUUAAAUUGUGUGGAUUGUGAUUCUGGUUUCAUUUAUCUUCUCUUUCCUUCAGAUAAAUCAGUAUUCACCAUCCUUCAAACAGUCAUGUUCCUUGCCUGGCAUCUUGCAGAUCUGUUAGGGCUGCAGCUUCCAGAAUUCCUAACUAACAUGAGCAACAGCUGAAAACAAUGGGAGUUAGAUUCCCAACAUAUCUGGAGAACAUUUGAUUAGUAUUAGAGUGCUUGGUGAUUGUUUGUGAUCUAGGGCUGUAGUGGGAUAUUAAGCCUUACUUAUCAGGAAAGGUUCUAAAGGGAAAUUGCUGUUUAUAAGUAGAUAUGUCAGAUAAUAGUAUCUGGCUAUUUACAGUUCUAUAAUAAAACCAAAAUAACCAUUCAUAAAGAAGCGUAUACGCAAUAUCUAUCUUGAAACUUCUCUAUUGCCCUAAUAAUAGAGAUAAAAUGGUGAUGUGACUUCAUUACUUUAAUGUAUCCCACAGCUAGUCUAGGUAGAUUCCCUGACAUAGCACAUCCAGUCUGUUGCUCCUCCUAGGUAAAUGACACUCCAGUGAAGGAGUGCCAGACUCUCAACAACAAAAAAAGCAAAGCUAUCCAAAAUUCAUUUGGGAACAUUAUAUCUUUCUUUACAGUGGCUGUCUUCUUUUUCUUUAAGGGUGAAAACUUUAAAGAAAAAAUCCUGGUGUCAUAUCUGGGAUUAGAGUAGCCUGCAGACAAAAGAUUGUCUCCUCACCUUCUCCUUCCCUGCCCUACACUCACAGGUGCAGUCAAGCAGCCUGUUUCAUGCAGGGUCAUUCAAGGCUCUUGUCUCUGGCAACAGAAGAUUGGCAGCUAUGUCAGCCUUCAUUUCCAUAUUUGGAUGACAUAGCUGACUUGGGGUCAUUAGUUUAAUCAAAAACAAAUCCAGGUCUGACUUGGGUUUCAACUAAUCCUCUCUAAAUGCAGCAGCUCCUGUUACUUUUAGUCGAUCUCUUCUUCCUUUCAUCCCCCCCCCCAAAUAAUCCUAUUAAAAAUUUGAAUAAAACAAUAAAAGAUAAUGGAGACUAAGGAAAAGAAAGAAAGGAAUUACGAGAAAAAUAAAUGUAUAAAGAGAAGAAAAAAACUCCACCCCCUUCAUAGCAGGUGUAAACAAUUCCCUAAUCUCUUCACUUCCUCUUAGUUAACAACUGUAAACUCUUCAUCUCAUAACCCUUUUCUUAACAACAGAAAAAUCAAAGAAGUGACAUCAUCUUCAAUCCAGUUAAUAGUAAAAGAUCCAUACAGAGCUCUAAGAUUUUAACAUUACUUAGUGAUAGCAAUAGCACUUAAACUUAUAUACCACUUUACAGUGCUUUCCAACCCUCUCUAAGUGGUUUACAGAGUCAGUAUAUUGCCCCCAACAAUUUGGGUCGUCAUUUUACCCACCUUGGAAGGAUGGAAGCCGGAGUCAACCUUGAGCCUGGUGAGAUUUGAACACCAGGCAAAUUGCAGGCAGCCAACAGUCAGCAGAAGUAGCUUGCAGUACUUCACUCUAACCACUGCGCCACUCUGGCUGUUUUGUAUUAACAUAUACAAAACUCAACAUUCCGCACCUUAUUUGUUAACUAGAAGAAAACUGCAUUUAAUUUAAGUCAUGAAAUAGUCUCAACAUUCUGUUGCAAACAAAAUUUUUAAAACACCAAAUUUAAAUAUGACCAAAAAAAAAAUCCCCUUUAGAAAAGACAAGCCCCAAUAAAAAAUAUUUCAAAUAACAUUUUAACAUUUUCCUCAUCUUCACCCUCCACUUUUCACAUAUAUAAUAAUCCCAAUAUCCUAAUAGAGAUUUUAAAAACCCCUAAAAUUAGAUAUAGCAAAAAGAAAUAAUUUCUCUUUAUUUAAAAAAUUAUCCAAACUUCCUUAUUUUAACUGAAGAAUAACAAUUAAAUGUAAACCCAAUUUAAAUACUAUAAAAUUAUAAUUACAUAAAAUAACUCUUUGGGAAGAAAAUUUUACAUAAUAUCAUUUUAAGCAAAUCCAGCACAACAUCACUAUUCCAGAAAGAAUCACCCUGUAUAACAAUGUAACCUAUUUAUCCCUGCUAGAAAAAGCCAACUUUAUAAUUUUUUAAAUUUUCUUUUAUAUAAAUCCAUCUAUGUGGUUGUUGAUCCUUAUACACAUUUCUUUAGUGCCUUAAACAGUCUUUCUUAUAAAUCCAACAAAGGGAAAUUAUUGCAUUAUUUCCUGGUAUUCUCAUUUUUAUUUCUUUUUUUAUUUUUAGUACCUCAUCCAGUGUAUUUUUCUUCAAAGUUCAUAUUCUCUUCAAAUAAAUUUUGUUAGACAUAUUGUUCUAUGAUAUCUUUGAUAACAGAAUGUUCUCUAGAAGACACAACACAGUUUUCAUUUCUUGGUGCAGAUCCCUACACAGUUCUUCAAAUAUGUCUCCAAAUACCAUUAUAAAUUCCUUGUUUUAUACCUCCAAAACUCAAAAACAUUCUUUCUUUUCCAUUUAUACAUUUAUUGUUUCAAAAAUAGUUUCAAAGUAUUAAUAUCCAAAGCUUCACACUUAAAACUCUUACAACUUUCUGUAGCCAAAACUUGAUCCAACUUUCUUAAUUUUAAAUUCUUAAAAAUUAUAAAAUUAAAUCUUCAUAUUCUUAUAUUGAGGAUUAACAGCACCCACUCACCUGAUGUUUCCAAUCUUGUUAUUCUGGAGGUGUCUAACUUCCUUAAAUCCAAUUUCCAAAGAUCAUUAGCAAGGGAAAUACAUGAAGUUGGUGUCCUCAAAAGGCUCCAAUUUGCAGUUGUAGCAAAAUGAUGAAUUCCCCCACCUCCUGGUCCUUAGUCCCCCCACCCAAGAUUGCUGUCUCUUCAUGAGGAAAAGGAAUGACCAUAAGGAAAAACAGCUUGGGCAAUGUCGUGUCAUUCACCUUGAUCCAGAGAAGAUCAAAGGCUGCCGAUCUGCUUUUGCUACUUUGUACAAGGCUGCAAUCAUCAGCUCUCUAACCUGUCUGCAGCACUGUCUUCAGUCAGCUAUUUUCUCCUGAAAAUCUUGAUCUUUCCCUCCUUUCAGAUGAGCAUGCUAUGCAAUCAAGGCCAGGUCAUUUGAAGGUGCCAAAAUUAUGACUGGAUUCAAACAUGCUAAACGAUAGUUUGUUAAAUCAUGGAUUAUUGAAUGAAUCAUGAUGGCUGGGUUAACCAAACUAAAACCAAACCAAUCCAAUUACUGCUUACCAUACCACAAAAAAUCAAAUUCUUUCUAAUUAUACAUUCCUUGGAAGAGUUGCUCAUAAACAAUAUAGUGCUCAGUAUGUUUAGAUUUUAGGUUCAAACUGAAUGUGACAGUGACAUUAAAUGUAGGAAUCGUUUAGGGGAAAAAUCAUUUAGGAAAAAAAUGUAUACAUUGUUAACAAAAGAAAGAGCAGCGCAAUAGUGAAUAUAAAAUCUUGUCUGUGAUUUACCUUCCUUUGGUCCAUCUCUUCAGACUUUUUAUCUCCAGCUGAUCUCGGAUAGUAACAAUGCCUCUUGGUUGUUAAAAGUGUAUGUAAGAGGAGACUUUGAAGAUCUGAUUGGAAAACAUAGACUGUUGCUUUACAUGGAAUCUAGACAAAGCACAAUAUUUUGACCCAAAGUAUCUUAUCGGCUUCGAGCCUGAUGCUAAUACUUUAAAGGAAUGCUGAACACAUGUAUCCUGUGUAAUACAAUUAUAUUACAGAUUGAGUCAUAUUGAGUUAGAUCAUGUAAUAGUCUUACCUGCCCUGACUGCCAAUUUUUCAGGACUCAAUACAAUUUUUCCCCAGUUCUAUAUGGAAUGCCAAAGAUUAAACCUGAGACUGUUAUACCAAGCAGCAGGCCUUCCAGUACAAAGGGCUGGUGAUUUUAUAGGGCAAAUUAAGCCCAUACU